AUGGCUUGGAGGAGUCACGGAGUUACCAAUACAGAUUUGGUUAACAAUUUACGUAAAAAUGGAAUAAUUAAAUCUGAAAGUGUUGCAAGAGCUAUGUUAGCUGUCGACCGAAAGAAAUAUUGUCCUUAUGCACCUUACCAUGAUUCACCACAGUCUAUUGGAUUUUCAGCUACAAUCAGUGCUCCACACAUGCAUGCUCAUGCACUUGAAAGGUUGAAAAAUCAAUUAGUUCCUGGUGAGAAAGCAUUAGAUGUUGGCUCUGGUUCUGGUUAUCUUACAGCAUGUAUGGCUAUAAUGGUGGGUGAAACUGGACGCGUUGUUGGUAUUGAACACAUACCAGAACUUGUAACACUUGCCCAAAAAAAUAUUGAAAGUGAUCAGAAAUUAUUAUUAACAUCUGAAAGAGUCAAGCUUAUAGUUGGUGAUGGUCGUCUGGGAUACCCAUCUGAAGCUCCAUUUAAUGCAAUUCAUGUUGGAGCUGCUGCUCCUACCUUGCCUCAAGCAUUAGUGGAGCAACUUAAGCCUGGAGGAAGACUUAUUGUACCUGUGGGACCUGAAGGUGGAGAACAACAUUUGACCCAGGUCGACAAGGCAGAAGAUGGCACUACUACUGUUAAGAAGUUAAUGAGUGUAAUCUAUGUACCGCUUACCGACAAGGAACACCAAUACCGUUCUUGGCAUUAA